AGUAAACUCUUCCUAUCUAUAUAUUUACAAUUGUAGUCUAAUUAUCUUAUGGUUACACAAGAUGGGUGCUUGUUUUUCGUCGAAAACGGAGGUUACAUCAAAGGCCAUAAGAGUGGUGCACUUGGAUGGUUCAUUGGAACACUAUGAUGAUCCAGCCACAGUUGACCAAGUGAUCAACAACUUCCCCAAGCAUUUUUUAUGCACUCCAAUCCAGAUUUUGCAAGACGGUUUGGUACCACUCAAGCUCGACCAUCAACUCGAAGCGGGUCAAAUCUACUUCGUGCUCCCUAAUUCUACACUUAAAUUCAAUGCUUCUCCGAUGGACUUGACCUCUUUGACAAGAAAGCUCACCAACAUAGCCAAAAACCGACGUUGUGCUUGUCCAGCCAAAUUAGUCUCGGUAAGUCCUUCGGCUAGCCCCUCAUGGGAUCCAAAGGCUAGUAGCCCAAGCCGGUUUUUAGACCAGCGGUUUGGUGGUGGAGUGAAGGACGUGGGAAACACACGCAAGUCACCUCAGUGGAAGCCGAAUUUGGCUACGAUUAGUGAAAGAUCACUUAACCAAAGAAACGUAUGUCUAGGAGAUGAGCAUUUUGGAAAUUUUCAUGUAGUUGAAUAAUAUGUUUAGUUAGAAAGGCAAUUCAUUUUUAUAUAUUAAUGUAAAACAUUAUUAUGUAUAGAUAUUAAUAUGAA